AUGCCGACUAUCAAUGUUGGUCCCGACUCCAGACAGGAACUACAAUUGAUUGCGGACGCGUUGGGAAAGUCGAGGAAAGUGGUGGUUGUUACGGGAGCUGGAAUAAGUACAAACUGUGGGAUACCUGAUUUCCGCUCUGAAGAUGGACUUUACUCUCUGAUCCAAGCUCAAUACGACGCAGCUUUGCAAAACCCCCCAUGGGAAAAUACGAAUACCUUCGAUAUUGACGACAGGCCUAGAAAACGAGCAAAGCCGUCGUACUUCUACGAGGUUGUGGCACCGGAUGGCAAAGUAGUCGAUGUGAUUGAUACAGCUUCUUCGCAGCAGGAGCCUGCAAAACUAUCAGAGCCAGAAUUAAGAUCCUCUCGUAGAUCUCAGUCUGUUGCUACCCCCCGAUCUACCACCCCCGUACGCAGCCUUGCAGACUCGAGUCCUCUGUCCGAUCCGCCUUCAUCGCAAUCCGAGUUAUAUCCUGACAACACGUCCGAGGAGGCAUUAGAGCUGCCAGACGUUGCGUCUACACAGACCCAUGCCUCAGCUAUGGAAUCAACCGCAGAUGGGGUCCACAUCCAAACCUCGUCCACAAUAGAAAUCAAGCCGCCUUCACGGAGAACCUCACGCCGAUCUAGCGCGCAUGCCGAUUUCACAUCAAUUGAAAGCUCUUUCACGACCACAAGCUCUGUCACUGUGUCCGAACCGUCUUCAAGCGCAAGUACUUCCCGCAAACAAUCCAUUUCAACCAUCACUUUUGCAUCUAGUACGGCAGCUUCGAUUACGUCCACCAGCUCAGCUGGGAUUCACCACGUCCAAGACCGACAACCUUUAAAACGACAUGAAACAAGUUCCUUGACGAAGUCUGAAGACGAUGAACCAUCAGCUACACAGUCCUCUCAAUCUUCCCGGACCCUCCCAAAUCUCAAGGGGCGUGAUCUUUUCGAUUCUAUCAUAUGGAACGACCCCUUUACCACCUCGAUCUUUUACAUGUUCAUUUCCUCUUUACGAAAAAAGAUUCGCCAUGAGGUCACUGCGACGACCGAGACACAUAAUUUCAUCAAGGUUUUACGGGAUAGCGGACGGUUGGUGCGUAAUUACACGCAAAACAUUGAUUUGCUCGAAGAACGCUUGGGAUUAUGUACGGACCUCGGCCGUGGGGCGGGUAACAGAGCGCGAUUCCAUCACAAAACCCAACAGGAGGCACGACCUCUCGACAUCGGAGGAGACAGUCCUCACAACGGAGGAGUCGAGGUUGUUCUGCUCCACGGAAGCCUGGGCCAGCUACGGUGCGGGAUUUGCGCAAAAUUAUCAAGCUGGGAUGACCCAGACCGAGAGGCUGCUACAUUGUCCGGCCACGCCCCAGAUUGCCCGCAAUGCGAAGACCACAGUAAUAAACGAACUGGGCGAGGAAGAAGAAGUCUUGCUGUGGGACGGCUGAGGCCUGAUAUCGUCUUGUACGGAGAGGAGCACCCCAGUGCUGAUUUAGUUGGGCCAUUGAUUACGCAUGAUUUGAGUCUUGGCCCUGAUGUUCUGCUGAUAAUGGGAACCAGUUUGAAGGUUCAUGGAUUAAAGGUCAUGAUCAAGGAGUUCGCAAAAGCCAUUCACACCCGAGGUGGGAAGGUGGUGUUUAUCAACCGCACUAAGCCGUCGGAGAGUCUCUGGGGUGAUGUUAUAGAUUACUGGGUCGAAUGGGAUUGUGAUGCUUGGGUUUUGGACUUGAAAGAGAAACGCGAAGAUAUAUGGUUACCACAGGGUACAAGGAUUGAGGAGAAGAGAAGAGAGUCGUCCGAUGAUGUCAAGCCUCUGUCGAGGAAUCGAUCACGACCUCAAGCCACACGGGACGACAAGAUGAAUGGUGUGUUUGUUACCUUUAAGAUCCUGGACACCCUCGGUAGGUUUCCAGAUUUCAAAGGCCAACUUGGCUCACGCUUUGCAUAUUGGGACCGGCCCGCGCCCAGAGUGUCAACAUCAAUAAAAGCCGAACCUGCCAAAAAGCCAGCUUCCAAGGUCCGCAAAUCCCUUCCAGCUUCCUCCAAAGGCACCACUAUAACAGCGAGCAAGAAGAGGAAAUCAUGCCCAAUAUUUCCACGAGUGCAGAAGCCCAACCGGGAAGAAACGCUCAAGAGCACAAUGAUGGCACAAUGGACUGAAAUCCGCCGCAGGUUCCCUGCCCUGCCCGAAAUGCCUCGCGAGCCAAUGAAGCCACUCUCCAAUAAUGUCAAUUUCUCUGGCUACCAUUGGUCGUUCCAUGGCGCUUCGAACCAAUUCCCAAACCUCGGCGGUGGAAAGAACGACUGGCUGUCUGGCCCUAUGCUGGUUUCACAUCCCCCCUCUGGAGCGACGUUGCCACUGCAUCAUAGUCCCAAGAGAGAUGUUCCUGCUCCGCCUCGCCAACCAGCGCCCAAGUCUGCGCUUUCCAGACCCACGAACCACGCCUACCAAACGCGAUCUUCCCGUGGCGUCUCUAAUGCAGAUACGAUUGUAGUAGACGACAGUGAGGCUCGAGGGCAGACGUCCUGGUCCAACGAAGACAAUACUAUUGUCGUAGCAACAGAAGAAGUAUACGACUCGAAGAUUAACCUACCUACACCUCCUGACAGCGGACCGCUUACGCCGAGCUCGCAGCGGAUCAAGAGGAUGGGGAGUAUUGGAGCUAUCAUGUCAAGUUCCGGCUCUUCAGAGGGGGAUGAUGUAUUUUACGAUGCUUCAGAGAUCUUGGCUUGA